AGUAAAGCACGAGACCAAACAAAAGCUUCGUGUUUAUGUUCUGAGCGUGAAGUGAGUGUGGUAGUGUGGUCGGUGUCUCAGUGAAGGCGAAGAAAAUAUGUUGCAGUUCCCCGCUUAUAUGACCCAGUACCCAUUGUCGACGAGGACCAUUCCGACGUCGUUUCUGUUACCCUCUCAGUGGCCCCAACCCCACAACGAAGAACUUCUUCUCGCUAUUGAAGAGUCUGAUUUCGAAGAAAAGUGCAAUGAAAUCAGGAAGAUGAACAGCAACCUGACUGUGAUAGGGAAAACCACCAACGAAAAUGAUAAGGAAGACUUUGACAAUGAGGCAGAUGAUGAUGAUGCUGACAACGCAGAGGAAUCCGAGGGGGAAGAGUUUGAGCAAGAAACUAGUUGAGGAAGCUGCAUAUUAGAUCCCACUCAUAUUUUGUUAGUAUGGUUGAACUCCCGUGCCAAAUCUUUGUAUUGAGUAUUGAUUCCUCGUUCAUAUCAUACUUUUCUGUUAUAUAUGCUC